UUUCCAAGGCCAGUCAGUCGUCCAAACCGGCAUCUCUCUCACCCACGCCAUUUCCUGCCUCUAAAGAGCAUCCCGCUGGCCCGGCCGUUCUCCACGCAGUACUACAACGACUCGACGACGCGGUUCUUCACAAAUUCCUAACAAACAACCAAACGGCUAUCCAAAUUUCCAACCUUUUCAACUCCCAACUCUUUCCCUCGACUCUCUCGCUUUUUCGGCAGCAGCGCCCAAUUGACCGCCGCCGCCGCCGGAAUCUCUUCCCCCCCACAGCUCUCCCUCUCCUCUCCCUUCUUUACCAUCGAAGCCGGCUUCCGCUUCCGGCUGCUUUCUGCUGCUCCGUCUCCUCGUCCUCCGCUUCUUCCUAACAACUGUGAACAGGUAUACUUGCCGCCUUUAGAAAGAUCUGCUGCGAUGCCUUCUGCCGUCUCCCCUCAGUGGCAAGAAAAGGCCACUGUUUUCUUCUCCACCUCAGGUGUAAAACUCAAAGAAGCUGGGAACUCCGCAGGAACAUUUGUUGGGGAAGUUGCAAAGGAUGCUAAAGGUAAUGUUGCUGAUGCUGCGGAACGUGUUGGAUCGGCUGUGAAAAGUCGAUGGGCAAUUCUGAAGGAGCCAUCAACCAGGCAUAUCCUCCAGGAACGUUUUAUUACUGCUGCUGCUACGACUGGCAUGUUCUUAAGAAAGGGCUUCUCCGAGACAAAGGAUAAAGUUUCUGUUGGGAAGACUAAAGUUGAAGAGGUAGCCAAGAAAACUGCCCAGAAAAGCAAGGUCAUCUUGACUGACAUUGAAAGAUGGCAAAAGGGAGUUGCAAGUACUGAUGUUUUUGGGGUUCCCAUAGAGCUAACUGUACAGCGACAACAAUAUAGUAGGCCCGUACCUAUUGUUUUAUUGAAGUGUGCAGAUUAUCUCAUAUUAUCAGGGUUAAACUCUGUUCACUUGUUUAAAGAUGAAGGGGAAAAAGUUACUGUCCAGCAUCUGGUUUCACUGUUCAACCAAGAUUUUGAUGCUUCACUGCCUGAUGGCAUUAAUCCCAUCGAUGUGGCAUUUCUAAUGAAAUGUUAUCUGGCAAGUCUUCCUGAGCCCCUAACCACCUUUGAGCACUAUGAUGCCAUUAAAGGUGCGCGAUCUAACAUACAUGCAAUGAGGAAUAUCCUCAAGAGGCUUCCUACUGUAAAUUACAUGACACUGGAGUUCGUCACUGCGCUGUUUCUCCGUGUUAGUCAGAAAUCACUUCUCAACAAGGCAAGAAGACUCUGUCUCACUCUCUCUACAUCCAUCCAUCCAUCCAUUCCCCAUAUAGUUUAUAACAAUGGGCUUUUGGGGAAUCCAUAUGAUUAUGAGAACCUUCUAUGCAUACUAAUGUUGCGUUUGCUUCUUAUUCAACCUUUUCUGCAGAUGGAUGCUAGAAGCCUUGCCAUGGAAAUGGCCCCUGUUGUGAUGUGGCGGAAAGAGCAGAGACCAGAAUCUUAUAGACAAUACUGGAAUUCCAUGUUCAGAAAUUCGUCCAAGACCGACGGCACAGAUGGGAAACCUACACUCACUGAAUGGGACCUGCUCUCUGAAGAAGGUGAAGAAAUGGAAGUCUCCUCAGCCAUUCCACUGGAUGACGGUGCACCGGUGGACUUUGGUGCUAUUGAAGUUAUACAGUGCCUCAUUGAGCAACACAACUCCAUUUUCACGGACGCAAAUGAAACGGUUUGGAGAUAAGGUGGGAGCAAGGAAAGGAUCCUUUGUGUUCUUGAAUUCUCUGAUUUGCAGUUUCCAGAUGCCUGCUUCUGAUCUGCUUGUAAAUGCCAGCAUUUUAUAGAUUCUGUGUGUCCAUAAUAUGUUUUAGAAGGGGGAAGCAUUUGGACGUUGCAUCAACAGGUUUUGGUUUGUUUCAAAUUCAAGGAUUGAAAAACCGUAUCAAUGGUCAACUAGAAAAAAAAUCUCCUAUCGAAGGUUGAAUUGAAAUGCAAAAUUUAGCGGUAUGUAAUGGUCGGACCACGGUUUAAGCAUAAAAUCUCAUAUCGUUGACUUUUCCGGUACAGCCUUCGAUACGGUUUUACAAUCCUUGGUUUGUUUUUUGUUGGGUGAAGUAUGUUUCCCGAAUAUCGGUUGCUAUAGAAACAUAAUUCUUGUAAGUUGUAGUUGUGGUCCUUCCCGUUUUCCUUUUUUCAGAUUUUCCCCCCAAUGUACUCAUUGCUAUAAGUAAUUCGCAUCAUACAACUACACAUGUUUGGAUUUGGACCAG